AUGAGAGAAGCAUUGGUCAAGGCAUGUGAAGGUCAGAUCAACCGAUGGCCAUCUCUAUUACCACAUGUAAUAUUCGCAGACCGAACUACAAUUAGACGGUCAACAGGAUUCAGCCCAUACUAUUUACUACAUGGUGUACAUCCAGUCUUACCAAUGGACCUGCGGGAAGCAACCUUUAUGGUACAAGGCUUUAGGCAAAACAUGUCACAUGCUGAUCUCCUAGCUCUGCGAAUCCGUCAGCUCGAACGCAAG